GUGAAGAUCAUUGAAGUGAAGUGAAGAUGAACUCCAGACUCUCACCACUGAUCCUGCUGCUGCUCAUUCCAGGCCAAGUAACAUUAGACCGCCUCGCUGUGACCUGUAGUCAACAGAGUAUUUGUGCUGUGAAGGGAACAGAAGUGACACUGAGGUGCGUUCACUCCAAAAUCAACACUGUGUUCUGGUUCAGUGAGAAACAAAGUACAAACUGGAGAAAAAACAAAGAACCUGAAGAUUUGACUUUAGACUCAGACUACUCAGGACGGGUGAAACAGAUCAGCAGUAAUUACCAAUCAGAUCUCACAAUAUCAGACGUGAGAGAGCGAGACUCUGGAGAAUAUCAGCUCAUGUUCAUCAUGAAUGAUGGAGUUAAACAUCUCAGCUCAGUGGCCGUCAGUCUAACAGUCACAGUCUUGCAGGUGAGGAUGAAUCCUGCAUCUACAGACCUGAGAGAUGAGACAGUAGAAGUGAUCUGUGAUUCUUCCUGUGAUUUGACCUCUGGAGUUCACUAUUACUGGAUGAAGAAUAGACAGUAUUUCAGAUAUACACAGUCCCCCAACAUGUUUGUGUCAGUCGGCAGAGAUGCUGGCAGCUUUUCCUGUUCUCUUUAUCCACAUAAUGAACAUCCCUCCUCUUCUGUGUGCAUUUCUAAGAGUGGCUGCUGGGAUGUGAUUUACACCUCUAGAAGAGUCUGUGCUUUGGUGGGCUCAACAGUAGACAUUUCCUGCACAUACUCACAUCCCUCUGGUUAUACAGUAUAUAAAACAUUCUGGCAUUACGUUCGGCCUGGUGACUUUAAGGAUCUGCGUGAGGAGCAUCAGUUUGCUGGUCGUGUGGAGUAUGUGGGGAACAAACUGAGAAUCAAAGAGCUCAAGAUCAGCGACUCUGGAGAAUAUCGAUUCAGGUUCAUCACUAACACGACAAACGGCAAAUACUCUGGAUCACCUGGAGUCAUUCUUACUGUUACAGAUACACAGGUAACAAGAAGCUCCUACACUGUGGUUUUCUCAUUGUCAAGCACUAAAGUCCAGGUUACCCUGGACUGUCCUGUUAGACCAAUGAGCUGGCGGGAGUAG